UAUUCUCAGAUUCUCCGCUUCCACUUUUCCCAGCCCAACUCCCCGGGAGAUGAAAGAAAGCCUGAGGGCACUCACCCUGCCCUGAUUGGUGGCAUCAACGUCAUUCCGAGUGGUGUCUAGGGGUAUAGAGGUCAGUUAGAGGAGGAAAUUGAGCGAGAGAGGGGGUGAGGGGAGGGGAAGUGGAACCCGCUCUUUCUAUGUAAUUUUUUCUGGGUCGCGGUAGCAGCAGCCGGAGGAGGAGCAGGCGAGGGAGAAGCUAGGAAGGGAAAGGAAAAGAAAAGCAAAGAAAAGAAGAAAGGGAUAAGCAGAGCAGCUUUCUUUUUUUUUUUUUCCUUCUUUCCUUUGUCCCUUUCUUUCUCUUUCUCAAUCGACGCCGGACGGAGAGGAGAGGAGACGAGAGAGAGAGACUCGCCCGCCCUGCUAGUCGACACGUCUCAUUCCAAAACCCAGAAAGAAAGAAGAGGAGAAGGAACGAAGAAAAAAGAAAGAAGAAGAUCGAAACUUUAUCCAACUACUCGAUCAGUUUUCUCUCUCUUUCCCUUUGCGCUGCUGCUGGUGUUUCUAUUGUCUGUCUGUCUGUUUGUCGAAUAGCUCGCUAGUAUAUGCAUGGAAGGGAGGGAGAGCGUCGUGGUCAGCGGGUCUCCUGAAGUUGGAGGAGGAGAUGCGGGAGGGGCGGCGAAGGACUCUGCAUCUUCGACCCCAUCGCCAUCCCCGACUCCGUCCCCGCCACCUGGAGGAGCGGUGGUGCCGCCGGUGCCUGGCAUGGGGAUGGGGAUAGCGACGGGCAUGAGUACGGGGGUUGGGAGCGGCAGCGGCAGCGAGGAUCUUGCGCGGAAGAAGCGGGGUAGGCCCCGCAAGUACGGGCCCGACGGAAGCGGCAUGGCCCUGGCGCUGUCCCCCACCACCGCGUCCUCCCCUUUCUCUCCCAUCGGCGGAGACUUCUCCGGCAAACGGGGUAGAGGGCGGCCACCAGGCUCCGGCAAGCGCCAGCUCCUUGCGGCUCUCGGGGAGUGGUUUGCGUACUCAGCUGGAGGAAAUUUCACGCCACAUGUUGUGACCAUAGCCACAGGGGAGGAUGUUGCUGCGAAGAUACUCUCCUUCUCCCAAAAGGGCCCGCGGGCGAUUUGCAUUCUCUCUGCUAAUGGAGCCAUCUCCAAUGUCACUCUACGCCAGCCAGGUUCUUCUGGUGGUACCUUGACAUAUGAGGGCCGCUUUGAGAUUCUAUCUUUAUCUGGCUCCUUCACAAUUGCAGAGAAUGGUGGUGUACGCAGUAGAACUGGUGGGAUAAGUGUCUCACUUGCUGGGCCUGAUGGUCGUGUGGUUGGUGGAGGAGUUGCUGGAUUGCUGCUUGCGGCUAGUCCAAUUCAAGUGGUCGUUGGGAGUUUCAUACCAAACACUUUUAAGGAGCAUAAAAGGAAGGCUAUCCAGCAGGAAUCGACGUUCUCACCAAUUCCAAUUCCAAUUCCAACAUCUACUGGAGUAUUGACAACAGCAAGGCCCAUUUCUCAGGCAAAUCCUGAUGAUGAAUGUGAAACCCCGGCCUCGACAGUACCUGGGCAGCAGAGCCAUGGAGAUGCGGAAAACCGCAUGAGCAACCCUCCCAACCUCAAUUUCUCUUCUUUCCGGAUGACAGGUUGGCACGGUCAGCAAUCGUCAGAACACAAACCUUCUCCUGAUAUUAACAUAUGCUUACCCGGGGAGUAGGUUCAAGCUAUCUGUAUUUCAUUCCUAACGCUAGCGUACGAUUCUAACACGAGUGAUUUUCUUGGUUAGGUAUUAGGCUAGCGACAGUUAAGCGAGUGUGGGACGACAUGUGCCCUGUUGAUUGAUUGAGUUUCCUAUGUCAUUCUGAUGUCUCUGUAACCAUAGACCAAAAACUCUGGGUGUCUGUUUGUUGUUGUAAUAGUAGUAGCAGCAGUUGUUGUUGUGGUCGUCGUCAUCGGUUCUUUCGUUGUUUAUCUAAUGGUUGUUUUAGGGGACCAGUGUAUUGUCCAUGGAUAUUCUUCUCAAGCGGUUCAUGCUCAUGCAUUGGGUGGAAUGCAAGAAAACUGCUUCUGAUGAGAACUCACCAA